UCUAGUCUUCUCUCUGUAUUUGACAAAAUAACCCUUCAGAAUCCAAGACAACAACACUUCUUCUUCUCCCCCCCCCCCUCUCUCUCUCUAUAUAUUUGCAGAUCUCUCCAUCUCUCCUCCUUCUCUUAUUAGUUUCGGAGAUUUAUCAAAACAUCAUCAUCAAGUUUUAAUCUUUUUUUUAGAGAAAAAAUGGGUUCGCUUUCACCCGAAUUGAGCUUGGAUUUUGCCAGGCCUUCAACAGCAAAAACAUUGCCUUUUUUGCCUAAAACGAUAGCCGAUUUUCUCAAGGAGGUUUCGGUGAUCGGUGAUUCUGCUGUGAAGGUUUUGAAAGUGGAUGGUUUUAUUCAAGAUUUAGAAGAGGAAAAGAGAAAGAUCGAUGCUUUUAAACGAGAGUUACCUCUUUGCAUGCUCCUUUUGAAUGAUGCAAUUCAAGUUUUGAGGGAGGAGCUAAUGCAACGUGGAGCGUCAAAAACUCAACAACCAGUAUUAGAAGAAUUCAUUCCAUUGAAGAAAAAUAUUGAUGAUCAUCAUGAAAAUGAUGGUUUAAUUGAGGAGAAAGACUCUAAAGACAAGAAAAACUGGAUGAGUUCUGUUCAAUUAUGGAAUGCUGAUGAUCACCAUCCCUCUACUGAUUACUUGUUUGAUCCAAAACAAAAUCUCAAAUUAGAAUCUAAGACAAAUAAGAAAGGAAAUCAGUAUGGAAACGAGGAUGCAUUCCAGGCUUGUAUAGGCAGGACUGCAGCACGAACGUUUAUGCCAUUUAAAGCCUGCUCUGGUUUAUCAAGCAAGGAGGAGAAAUUGCCAGUUCCUUCUCUUUCUCUUUCAACUCCUGGGAUUAAGAGCUUAAAAGAGGAAUCCAACUCGACAGGUUCAAGAAGCAGCUGUAGUAGAUCAGUUUCCACUAUUUCUGGCCCUAAUUCAGAAUCAAAUUUACGAAAUGGACCUCAUUCCCAGCAGCAGACUGCUAGGAAGCAGAGGAGAUGCUGGUCACCAGAGCUGCACCGCCGGUUUGUCAAUGCUUUACAGCAACUUGGAGGUUCUCAAGCCGCUACUCCAAAGCAGAUUAGAGAACUUAUGCAAGUUGAUGGCUUGACUAAUGAUGAAGUGAAGAGUCAUUUGCAAAAAUACCGACUUCAUACAAGAAGAGUGACACCAGCUACAGCUGCUGCCCCUGCAAACCAAUCUGUUGUUGUUUUGGGGGGUUUGUGGAUGACCCAAGAUCAGUAUGGUGACUCCUCAAAGGCUACCAGUUCCCAGUCUGGCUCCCCCCAAGGUCCUCUUCAGCUAGCUGUAAACACCGGAGGGACCUCCACUACAGGAGGUGAUAGCAUGGAGGAUGAUGAAGAUGCAAAAUCUGAGGGCUACAGCUGGAAAAGUCAUACUCACAGAUCAGGAAAAGAUGAUGUAUAGAGUUUUUCCACCAUGAAUUUUGCAGAUAAAGUAUACAUGGGAGGAUUAUAUAAUUAUAGAAAUAAUACUAGAAAGAUUACAAAUUUAAAUGAAGGGUUCUUGAGAAUGAGUGAGGCUGUUAAUUUUUGCAGGAGUAGCUUUCUUUCUGUCUUUAAAUUGAGUUUCUGUAUCCAGUCGGAAUUCGUAUAAAGUUCUAAGACACCCUUUGUGUUCAUGGAAUAGACAAGACCUUUUUCAUAUCA